AAGAAAAUGAGAUAUAGGAGAGACCAAUCGGCCAGCAGUAUCUGAUUAUGAUGAAGUUGGGAUCAAGCGCUACGAUGAAAGAUGUUCAACCUAAGAUCUUGUUACCCGUCAUGUACCUCGGCGCCCCAGGCCAGCAUCCCCGCCCCCUCAUCACCUCGACUACAACAAUUUUCGCUGCGGUUACCCGCAUCCGCAACUUUCGCCGCAUCUCGACUCCGUUAUCGCGCAUGAUUAGUUCAUCAUACGAUGCGGGCCGUUCCUAGUCAUGGCCGACCUCAUGGCCGACGUCAGUGUGGGCGAUACGUUGCGUAAGUAGGACGAGCCGAGGCUGUUUCUGUGGGUGGACCCUCUCUUGUCGACUUCAUCGCCCUAUAGUUUUUUUUGAUUGCCUGCUUCGAAAUCAACGGGGCGGACGAAGAGCGG